UGGUAUUUUGGUAAGGUAACUCGGAAUGCUAGUGAAGAAUGGUUACUAUCACCAGAUUAUCCUAAAGGAACAUUUUUAAUCAGACAGGGUGAACAAUCUCCAGAUACCUACACACUAUCAGUGAAAGAUUGUGAUGAAUUACGAGGGUUUCUAGUAAAACAUUAUAAAAUAGUGGCUAAGGGUGUUCAAUCCAAUCAGUAUGUGUACUUUAUCACCCAGAAAAGGGUGUUUUCAUCAUUAGUAGAUCUAGUUGACCAUUAUAUGGAAAUCCCAGAUGGUUUAUGUACCAAGUUAACAGCUAUCUGUAUUAAACCCCGGUCAUUAUUAUGGGCAUUAGAUCGUGGUAAAGAUGAUGAAUAUGCCACUGAAAGAGACAGUAUAACUAUCAUUAAUAAAGUUGGUAGUGGACAGUUUGCUGAUGUUUAUUUAGGUAAAAUUGGCCAAUCAGUUAGUGUAGCUGUAAAAAUUCAAAAUCGUGACAAUGUGACAACUUCAGCUUUCCUAGAUGAGGCUCAAAUAUUAAAAACAUUACAACACCCUAAUAUUAUACCCUUAAAAGGAAUCUGUAGUGAAAGGGAACCUGUGUAUAUAUUAACGGAAUAUAUGUGUAAUGGAAGACUGUCCUUAUUUUUACGUGAAGGAAGUGGUCGUGAUUUGACUCAACAUCAAUUAAUACGCAUUGGAGCUCAGAUAGCAGAUGCCAUGGCUUACAUGGAAAAAGAAAAAUUUGUACAUAGAAAUUUAGGUGCUAGGAAUAUUUUAGUUGGUGAUCAAAAUCGUGUGAAAAUAUCUGGGUUUGGAAUGACAAAAGCUACCAAUGAUCCUGAUUUUAAUUACAGAAAAGGAUUGAAAAUGGCUAUUAAAUGGAUGGCACCAGAAGUGUUAUUGUAUAAUAAAUACAGUUCUAAGGCUGAUGUCUGGUCAUUUGGUAUUGUGUUGAUAGAAAUAUUUACCAAAGGCAAGGAACCAUAUGAUGGAAUACCAAGCAAAGAAUCAUUUGAGAAAGUUCAAAGAGGUUAUCGAAUACCGCGACCAGACAACUGUCCAACAGAAGUGUAUGAUGUCAUCUGUAACUGCUGGCAGACAAAUUCACAUUCACGGCCAACGUUUGACUAUUUAAAUACAUUUCUACAUGAUUACAAUGACAGCUGAAUUUCAUUAGAUAAGAAUAUGAAAUGAUGUGAAUUAAUUCCUUGAUUCUGAUUGGAUUAUAAAUAGUGGUUGUCAAGGAUACCUCCUAUGCUCACUGUGCUCAUCCACAUCCUGUGCUCACGCUCAUAAACAGGAAAUAGAAAUAUGUAAAUUAUUAUAAAGUUUGUGAAUAAUAUAUUCUGUGAAUGAAGUGCUAUUGACCAAUGGAAAACCAAUAUUUGGAGCAAUGAGGAUAACAAAAUUGGUUUUUGUGUUGACCUUAAAACUGUCGUAACUCAGGUCAUGCUUUUGGUUUUGAAAAAAUAGACACAACCUAAAAAAUAAAGUUAAAAUAUCUAUGAAGUGGAACAUGACAAUUUUAGGUGCUGUGUACAUGCAGCUCAAAAUGUUUUUGUAUUUGUUAGUGUUGGGGAUUAGUUUUGGUUUUUUGUUAGUGUAUUAUUAAAUGAUAUGCUGGGACAUAUUUAUACAAAAAAAACUUACAAAGACAAUUUACACUACUUUAACUACACACUAAAUAAUGGCAUAAAAAGAUAAAUCUUAGUUGGGUAGGUGAUGCCAGUGUUAAAGGAAUUUUUUUUUAUGGUUGUUACAAUUCAACAAAAUCUUGCAUAUGCUGCUGGCAG